AUGUCGACGUCGGAUCGCAUCUCGCGACCCACCAAUCCCGAUGGCCUCGUGCUUGAGGCAUGGGGCCAGGGCCUCAUGCUGGGCUGCCUGCUGGUCAUGGCGUCAGUGACCUUUGUCAACAUGAAGAAGCACAUUCUGCUCCAUAAAUUGAUUCUGCUCGAGUUGAUCCUGGCCAUGCCCAAUGGGACCUUCAUCUUCCCCAAGGACCCUGUGUAUGGGUGGUACCAAAGCGUCACGGCCGUCGGGCUGAAUGUGUCGUGGAGCUUGCACAAUGUGAUCGCCUGGAUGAAGAACCGCCCGUUCAUGUCGCGAAAGGUGUCGCUGUUCUAUAUCGGGACCGUGAUCCUGGCGCAGCCCUACUGGGUGCUGGAGAUCUAUGCCAAUUUUGCCUACUUCAACAACUACAACAAGAUUUUCCUGACCACGAGGCCGCUCGAGCCCAUUUUCCGUGACCCCUGGUGGAUCUUCACCACCUGCUCCCUCUUCUACACCAUCAAACGCGAAUACAACUUUGGGAUCAUUGAGCUGGUCAGCGUCUCCCCGCGGUUUGGCAUCAUGCUGGCGUCCAUGUGUCUCUCCAUUGCUUUCAUGGUCGUCGAUACCUGCAGCGUCCUCAACGUGUUUAGCCAUUCGUCCUUGCCGACGGGGAUUGAGCCAUUCUGGAAGUUGUCGUUUAUUUUCAAAUGUCUCUGCGACACGGUCAUCCUCGACGACUUCAAAACCGCCCUAGAUCGCAUGCGCGCCUACUGGCUUCGGAAACGGAACAUGGGCGGUGAAAUCCUGUUACAUACCGGCGAGCAUCACCAUCAGCAUCAUCGUAUGGAGGGCAGUGGACGGUUACGCCCGACGGAUGAGGAUAUUGAAGCCCUGACUGGGAAUAGGGGAGAUGGGAGGAAAUCAGACUCACUCCCAAAGGUAUAUACACGCGAACAUGUCAGGGGAUAG